GAGCCAAACAAGACAGGAGAGCUGCUCGCAAAAUCCCGGGCUCCGCUAUCCCAUUUGUCUUCUUUUAAGGGUCAUCUCGUGGUGCCUGUCACCCAAUCUCAGAGCCCCGCCCCUCCCCUGAGGGGUCUGCACCCCGCUUCCCGAGACCCCAGACCCACAUUCACCCCGGGCCUCCUUCCAGCGCUCUCAUGACGUAUGCGUGUUCGUCACCGAAACAGUUUCAUUCGGCUCUAAAUCCAGUCCAACUCUUGAUUCUCCGACGUCCAGGGCUGCACGACUUUCUGAGGUGUGGAGGAGAUCACCCCAGGAGAAAAAAAAGGAUGCCACUCUUCUUCCGGAAACGGAAACCUAGUGAGGAGGCUCGGAAACGCCUGGAGUACCAGCUGUGUCUGGCAAAAGAAGCUGGAGCAGAUGACAUCCUUGACAUCUCCAAGUGUGAGCUCUCCGAGAUUCCAUUUGGGGCUUUUGCAACAUGCAAAGUUCUGCAGAAGAAGGUGUUGAUUGUCCACACGAAUCACCUCACGUCUCUGCUUCCGAAAUCCUGUAGCCUCCUGAGUCUGGCGACCAUCAAGGUUCUGGAUCUUCACGAGAACCAGCUGGCCGCCCUCCCUGAAGACAUAGGGCAGCUGACGGCCCUCCAGGUAUUGAACGUGGAAAGGAAUCAACUGACGUAUCUCCCACGUUCCAUCGGGAAGCUGGCCCAGCUGCAGACCCUCAAUGUGAAAGACAACAAGCUGAAGGAGCUUCCAGACACCUUGGGGGAACUUCGCAGCUUGCGUACUCUGGACGUGAGUGAAAACGAGAUUCAGAAGCUGCCUCAGAUGCUAGCGCACGUCCGAACCCUCGAGACCCUGAGCCUUGACGCCACGUCCAUGGUCUACCCCCCGCGUGAGGUGUGUAGCGCCGGCACCGAGGCCAUUCAGCAGUUCCUCUGCAAAGAGUUGGGGCUGGAAUAUUACCCUCCGUCUCAGUACCUGCUGCCAGUCCUGGAGCAGGAUGGGGCCGAGAGCUCCCGGGACAGCCCCGACGGGCCCACGGACAGAUUCUCCAGGGAGGAGGUGGAGUGGCAGAACAGGUUCUCGGACUAUGAGAAGAGGAAGGAACAGAAGAUGCUGGAGAAGCUGGAGUUUGAGCGGCGCCUGGAGCUGGGGCAGCGGGAGCAUGCGCAGCUCCUGCAGCAGAACACCAGCCAGAAGGACGAGAUCCUGCAGACGGUCAAGGAGGAGCGGUCUCGGCUGGAGCAGGGCCUGACCCAGCACCAGCGCCACCUGGACGCAGAGCGCCAGCGGCUGCGGGAGCAGCUGAGGCAGACGGAGCAGAGCAUCUCCCUCCGCAUCCAGAAGCUCCUGCAGGAGAAUCAGAGGCAAAAGAAAAGCUCGGAGAUCUUGAAGUCGCUGGAAAACGAAAGGAUAAGAAUGGAGCGGCUGAUGUCCAUAACCCAGGAGGAGACGGACAACCUGCGGCGCCGGGAGAUUGCCUCGGCCAUGCAGCAGAUGCUGACCGAGAGCUGUAAGAGCCGGCUCAUCCAGAUGGCCUACGAGUCGCAGAGGCAGACCUUGGUCCAGCAGGCCUGUUCCAGCAUGGCUGAGGCGGGCGAGCGCUUCCAGCAGAUUCUCUCGUGGCAGCAGAUGGACCAGAACAAAGCCAUCAGCCAGAUCCUGCAGGAGAGCGCCAUGCAGAAGGCCGCCUUCGAGGCGCUGCAGGUGAAGAAGGACCUGACGCACCGGCAGAUCAGGAGCCAGAUUAAGUUAAUAGAAACUGAGUUAUUGCAGCUGACACAGCUGGAGUUAAAGAGGAAAUCCCUGGACACAGAGGCACUGCAGGAGGUGGUCACGGAGCAGCGCUGGGCCCUCGGCAACCUGCUCCAGCAGCUGCUCAAAGACAAGCGGCAGCGGGAGGAAGAGCUCCGGGGCAUCCUGGCGGAGCUGGAGGCCAAAAGCGAGACCAAGCAGGAGAACUACUGGCUGAUCCAGUACCAGCGGCUUUUGAGCCAGAAGCCCUUGUCCUUGCGGCUGCAGGAGGGGGGCCUGGAGCGCCCGCUGGUGGCCCUCCUGGUGGACCUGUCAGCCGAGCACUACCUGCCCGUCUUCGCCCACCACCGCGUCUCGCUGGACAUGCUGGGCCGCAUGAGCCCCGGGGACCUGGCCAGGGUGGGUGUCUCUGAAGCCGGCCUGCAGCACGAGAUCCUGCGGAGGGUCCAGGAGCUGCUGGACGCGGCCAGGCUGCAGCCAGAGCUGCCGAAACCGCCCCAGGAUGAGGGCCUCUGGGACCUGGAGCCCCCCACGGCCCCCGAGGAGCUGCCCGAGCCUGCGAGGCCCUCGGCCCCCGCCGCGGAGUGCGUGGUGUGCCUGGAGAGGGAGGCCCAGAUGAUCUUCCUCAACUGCGGCCACGUGUGCUGCUGCCAGCAGUGCUCCCAGCCGCUGCGCACCUGCCCGCUGUGCCGCCAGGAGAUCGCCCAGCGCCUCCGGAUCUUCCACAGCAGCUGAGCUGGCCACGCCGCCGCCGCCUCCAGCCCAGGGCUUCCGCUUCCCGCUUGGCCCGGCCCAGCGGCCUGUCCUGGGCCCCGCAGGAGGCCCCUCCCCACCCCCAUCUCCAGCCAAAUACUGUGAAGCAAGGGAGGCCUCGGGCCAGGGAAAGGCGAGGCGGCGGGGCCACAGCGGGACGCAGGACCCGUGUCCUGGCCACUCGGCUCUGCCACCUGCCCAGUCUGACUGUGGGGGGAGGGGAGCGCGGGGGCCCUGGCCGAGGGGAGGGGAGUCCAUGCGGAACGAGGGCAGGCACAGAGCUUCUGUGCGCUGUCCGGGGACGUGUCCAGCGCAGACCCGGUGCCACUGUCGGCCCUCCUGGCCUCCUCCCCUGCUCCCCGAAGCGCCGGGCCCCUCCUGUGGGAGUUGAACCUCCUCCCCGAUGCAGGGGGUGAGCUUUGCAGACCCAGCGCAGGGUCGUCAAUAAAUGCACCCCAGCCUGCUCCCCGAGUCAUCACUGGCUCCCGAUGAGCCUGGGGAGGGGCGAGAAGAGCGCCCAGGGCCUGGCGGUGCCGGGCUCCGAGCCCAACACCACGCGGCUGGGCAGGCGCCAGCCCUCGGCCCCAGGCAGCGGAUACCUGUGCUUGCUGUGGACCGCACCUGUAAGUGCGUGUCCUGGCCAAGGGCAGCCUUCCCUUUGGGUUAGAGGCAGGCCUGGCUGUGCGGCUCACUGACCUGGCCGGCCUCCCAGCCUCUGUGUCCCUGGCCCAUUCAAUAUGGGAGUGGAGCCCUCAUUCAGGCUAGUGGCCACCAGGGGGCGCUCAGUGCUCACCUUGGUCUCCCCACCCCAUUGGGGCCUCCAGUCCCGCGAGGUGAACCCGGACUUCCCAGGCAGGCACCGGCCUCCUCUGAUACCGUCUCCCCUGGGGACCCGUGGUCAUGUCCUGCCCCACACUCCCUCCUGGCUUCAGCCUGGCCAGGAGCGGAAAGCGGGGUGGGCACUUCCCAGGGCACCUCGUUUGGGCUCUCUGAAUCUUCUCUCAGGCUGGGGAAAACUUCUGAACCCGGUUCACAGACAGGGGCCUGAGGUUGAGUUCGCCACGCAAGGACAGGAAGUCCACAGCUGAAUCCCUGCUUGGCUCCCUGCUUCUAGGCCUCGCCUCAACCCCUGACAAGCUCUUGGCCGCUGGCCAUGUGGGCAGCUCGCACCAGGAGAGCCACUGUCCCCAGCCUGGCCGCCAGUCUCGCUGGAGGGGCCUGUUCCCGCGUGGGUGUCACUGCGGGAGGGUGUCUGCACCGUGCCCUGUGCCUGUGUGCACGGCGGUGACGGUGCCCGGGUGGCGCCCAGCCCCCGGGUCUGCGGUCUGAGAGGCGUGGCCCACUGGACACUGGCUCUGUGAGCCCCGCAGGGCCGUGAGCCCGGGGCCCACCCCCGGAGGCUCCCCAGGCCCACGUGGCUCUGGAGUCGGACAGAUGUUUUGGCCUCAUGGUGCCCGAGGCUGCCUGAGGACCACCGCACGGACCCCUGAGCUGCCCCCGGUCAGUUGCCUAUGCGCUCUGCUGCUUCUCUCUGAACCUCAGUUUGCUCCUCUGUGAAGGGGGUUAGGGCCGUGAGCUCAGGAAGCCAGGUGCAGGUGCGCCCGGCCGCGGCCGAUGCCCUCCUGCUGCUCCCGACACAGACACGGGCCAAGGCCUUAAAUAAAGCAUUUAUUGAUUA